AUGUGUGCACCACUGGAUAAGAUCAAAACAAAAGGUGGUGUUAAGAGGAAAAAAGAUAAUAAGCCGAAUAGAUUUGAUGUAUAUCGCGACCCUUCAUACUUUGAGCAUGUUGGUACUCAAGUCUCCCAACAAGCAUCCAAACAAGUUUCCCAACAAGCAUCCAAACAAAUCUCACAGCAAGCAUCCAAACAAGUCUCCCAGCAAGCAUCCAAACAACUAUCUCAACAAGCACCUAUGACGAGCCAAGUUAGAAAAUAUUUCGACGAGUUUCCUCCUUUAAUUCAUCCGUAUAUUGAAGACGUAGUUAAUGUUAAAGCAGAUGGAAAUUAUGGAUAUCGUGUUAUUGCUGCUUUACUUGGUCAUGGUGAAGAAUACUGGAGCAUUGUGCGUCGAAAAUUGUAUACAGAGAUUAAGUCCAAACUUGAUUUAUAUGUUGCAUUAUUCAAGGAACGUUUGCAAGAAGUGACAGACUCUUUACUUGUUACUGAGUUGGAAAACUAA